GUGGGGGGAGCGGGAUCGCUCUCUGAGGCGUGUCGGAGUGCGCGCUGGAAAUCCAGUGGCUUCUGAAAACUGAGGAGCCGUGAUAACUCAGCACAGCGCCGGCUGUCCUUUCUUCAGAGAGCAAACACCAUGCGAGGUCCCUAAAGUGCACCGAGUCCCCAUAAAGUGCUCCGCAGAGUGAGGCGUUCUCCUGCAACCUGUGUUUUGCUCACGGCCUCUCCUUCCUUACCAAAACGUGGUGUUUUGGCUUAGGCGAGCAUCAGGUGUACUGAGAGUCAGAUAUGCUUUCUAAAAAGAGACUGCUUUGGAGAAAGUUAUUGGCUGUAGAGCUUAGCGAUGAGGAGAGGCUGAAAGGGAAGAGCUUUGCACAUCUGGGGGUUUUAUCUGUGCUUCUCCAUCUCUUCGAGUGUGAAGCGUAGUCCUUUCGCUUUUGGAUAUGAGGGAAAGUACUCUUCUUCACCCGAAAGAAAGAGGCUCUGUUCUUACAGAAAGUGACAUCAUUUCUCAGUUCCUAACCUUAUAGUCUUAUUUCCUUGAUGCGUAUGAAGAAGUGGUGGUUACACAGCCCUUUUUCUGUUUUUGCCCGCGGUGUGCCACACACGUCUACAUAGGAUGAGGUCAGUACACACAUCAGUAUCUGCUGAGGCUUUCUGGAGGAUCUUGGAGCUUCUUAAGCACAUAUGCUAUGUGCCGGGUUACGUGUAUCUGCUUGUUAGAGAUUUGUGUCAGGAGUGCCACCUCUGCUGUGAUUGAUUAGCACAGAAUUGCUUUCUUGUUUCAGUAGUAGACCUUUGACAGUUUUUGGUGUGGCCAUUUGCAGUGAUUUUUAUUUUCUUUUCACCCAGUUAUUUGCUUUGUUUUGUAGUGGAUUUUUGUCAUGUUUUUGCUUUGCUGCUUUGAUUUCAUACCACCUCCAUUACCUGAGCGGUUAACGAACUUCCCCUCAAAUCUGAAAUCUUGGAGUUGCUUUCUGGUGUUGUCCUUGUUGGAACUUUGGCUCAUUUGAUAAGGUGACUCACGACAGUAAGCAGAAAGUUGGAAAGCCGGAGCUCGUGCCAGCUGAGUUGUGUGUCUGAUCACACUGCUGCAUAAUUGAUGUUGAUACGAAGCAAAGAGGGAUCUUUGGUUAUACCACAUUAAAAGCUGAAGCCCAAGGAGUCUACGUAGUAUUUAAAAACUACUUCUUCAGAGCCUCUAAACAUCCUCCAGAUUUGAGGGAGAACCGGUGAAAAGAGUCUGCUGUUUUCCUUGGAGGAAUAUUAGUUUGACUGGCUGGUGUCGGUGAAGUAGUGUGCUUUGCAUUGCAACCUGUGUUAAUUUGCUUUUAUAUGCAUGUGUGACUGUAUUUAUGUCUUGCCUCAAAAAGUAGUCUGAGUGGAGCGCUGUAACACAUCAGUAUAGUGAUAGUUGAUUAUCUUCAGUUAAUUAGUCCAGAAAUCACUGUGCAGAAAAAUAGGUACUAGUCUGUUGUUUUCCAGAUUUCCUUUACCAUUCACACCAUGUUAAUGAUACUGCUUCUUUGCUUUUAGUCUCAUGUACCUUAAGUUGUACUAUGAGAAGAAAGAGGUGAUGAUGUAGAGGGCACCGGGUCUUCUGCUGCUGUCUGGAGGGGUCUGAGGGAGCUCUUUGUUAUUCCACACUCUCUUCCAACAUUCUUGUUUUUAGUAAUUGAAAGUAAUUUUCUGAACUUGCAAAUGUGUCACAGAUUCAGGUUUCACAUUCACAUGUAUUUAUAUCCUUAGCUCUCUCGUUUUGCAAACAAGAGAAUCGCCAUAAAUUUCUAUUACGAUAAACGCUUUUUUGGGCUUAAAGCACAUUUUUAGUACUCGUGUUGUCCUUGAAUUUUCUUUUACAUGUCUUGCUGAAGUUGCUCAAAGGAGACUUUCAUUUUUACUUGUGAUUUAUAUUUUAAAGCCCACUAAUGCUGACGGUAGAAGGACGGUUGCAGACAAAAUACAGUACCGUGUUGUAGACGGGCGGCUGCAGUGCAACAUGAGUGCUGAGUGCGGGGAUCCUUCCCGGCUGCCAUGGCUUUCCGGAGCAGCUGCACAGCAGCACUGUGUCACGUUCCUUGGGAGCUUUUCUGAUCUGCCCUUUCCUGGUGAGGAAGACAAGGGGCUUUGUUCCAAACUGGUGGGAGUUCUCCAAGAGUAAGUUUAAGUAUUGAAUAGCUCUUACAUGCAACCUUCCCUGAAGGGGGGAAAAAAAAAUCCCUAUAUUAAAUUUCUUGGGGAUUUUUCCCUCUUUAAUAAGAACAAAAAAUAAGUUUUCAAUUUUGACGUGUACUUUGUGAAAAUAACACUCUAAAAACAUACAAGUAAAUGAACCGAAAAGACUCCUGGAAGAUCUACAGUCACCAAAAAUCCCGUGGAGUAAAGACUUUCAGAUGGUAGCCAAAUGGUGCUUAUUCAUUUCAGAGGAGUAUAUUUAAACUGCUGAAUGCCACUUAGUCUUUGCUUUAUAAUAGGGGCUGCAGCAGAAGUACAGUCUGGGCAGUUCUGAGUCACUGUGGUGUUUUGAGCCGUGAAGCAUGUUACAGAGCCUCACAACAAGUGGAUGAAGGGGAAAGGAAAGAGUGCCAUUGAUAGCUAGAAUAGCAACAUGGGAAAUACAACCACCAAAUUCCGCAAAGCUCUUAUAAAUGGAGAUGAAAAUCUGGCCUGCCAAAUAUAUGAGAGCAACCCUCAACUAAAAGAAACUCUUGACCCAAAUACUUCUUAUGGAGAAACUUACCAGCACAAUACUCCACUCCAUUAUGCUGCUAGGCAUGGAAUGAACCGUAUCCUGGGAACUUUCCUUUUUGUUAGAGAUGGUAACCCGAAUAAACGGAAUGUGCACAAUGAGACAUCUAUGCACUUACUGUGUAUGGGACCUCAGAUCAUGAUCUCAGAAGGAGCUCUUCAUCCUCGCCUGACAAGACCCUCCGAAGAUGAUUGCAGAAGAGCAGACUGCCUGCAAAUGAUCUUGAAAUGGAAGGGAGCAAAGCUGGAUGAAGGACAGUAUGAACGAGCGGCCAUUGAUGCUGUUGAUAACAAAAAAAAUACACCUUUGCACUAUGCUGCUGCCUCAGGGAUGAAAACCUGUGUCGAGCUUUUGGUAAAACACGGUGGAGAUUUGUUUGCAGAAAAUGAAAAUAAAGAUACCCCAUGUGACUGUGCAGAGAAACAGCACCACAAAGAGCUAGCUCUUAACCUGGAAUCUCGAAUGGUAUUUUCACGUGAUCCUGAAGCUGAAAGCAUUGAAGCUGAAUAUGCUGCUUUAGACAAAAAAGAGCCAUACGAGGGGCUCAGACUUCAGGAUCUGCGGAGGCUUAAGGAUAUGCUGAUAGUGGAAACUGCUGACAUGCUUCAAGCACCACUCUUUACUGCAGAAGCUCUUCUCCGGGCACAUGACUGGGACAGGGAGAAGUUGCUUGAGGCAUGGAUGUCUAAUCCAGAGAACUGCUGCCAGCGCUCGGGGGUUCAGAUGCCCACUCCCCCUCCAAGUGGGUACAACGCGUGGGAUACGCUGCCUUCUCCACGAACUCCUCGCACUACUCGCUCCUCUGUAACCUCCCCUGAUGAAAUCAGCCCGUCACCAGGAGACAUCGAGACAGCUGUGUGUGACAUUUGUAUGUGUAAUAUAUCUGUGUUUGAAGACCCAGUGGAUAUGCCUUGUGGGCAUGACUUCUGCAGAGCAUGCUGGGAGGCAUUUUUGAAUCUGAAAAUUCAGGAGGGUGAAGCUCACAACAUUUUUUGCCCAGCAUAUGAUUGUUUCCAGCUUGUGCCUGUAGACAUCAUAGAAAGUGUGGUUUCCAAGGAGAUGGACAAAAGAUACCUUCAAUUUGACAUUAAGGCCUUUGUUGAAAAUAAUCCUGCUAUUAAAUGGUGUCCUAUCCCAGGCUGUGAAAGAGCAGUAAGGCUAACAAGACAAGGAUCAAAUUCGACAGGAUCAGAUACGCUUAGCUUCCCUAUGCUAAAAGCUCCUGCUGUAGAUUGUGGAAAGGGACAUCUUUUCUGCUGGGAAUGUCUUGGUGAAGCACAUGAACCUUGUGACUGCCAAACCUGGAAGGACUGGCUACAGAAAAUAUCUGAAAUGAAACCAGAAGAACUUGUGGGAGUUAGUGAGGCAUAUGAAGAUGCUGCCAACUGCCUGUGGUUACUAACUAACUCCAAACCAUGCGCCAACUGCAAAUCUCCAAUUCAGAAGAAUGAGGGCUGCAACCACAUGCAAUGUGCGAAGUGCAAGUAUGACUUUUGCUGGAUAUGCUUAGAAGAAUGGAAGAAGCACAGCUCUUCUACAGGAGGAUAUUACAGAUGUACUCGCUAUGAGGUUAUUCAGCAUGUAGAGGAACAGUCCAAAGAGAUGACAGUAGAGGCUGAAAAGAAACAUAGGAGAUUUCAAGAACUGGAUAGGUUUAUGCACUAUUACACAAGGUUUAAGAACCAUGAACUUAGCUACCAGUUAGAACAGCGCCUUCUAAAAACAGCCAAAGAAAAGAUGGAACAGCUGAGUAAAGCUCUCAGUGGAACUGAGGGAGGCUGUCCUGAUACCACAUUCAUUGAAGAUGCAGUACAGGAGCUUCUAAAAACUCGCCGCAUUCUCAAGUGUUCUUAUCCAUAUGGAUUCUUUUUGGAGCCUAAAAGCACAAAGAAAGAAAUAUUUGAACUUAUGCAGACAGACCUGGAAAUGGUCACUGAAGACCUUGCACAGAAAGUAAACAGGCCUUACCUUCGGACUCCUCGCCAUAAAAUCAUCCGUGCAGCUUGUCUUGUGCAGCAGAAGCGGCAAGAAUUCUUAGCCUCUGUGGCCCGUGGUGUUGCCCCUGCAGACUCACCAGAAGCACCCAGGCGCAGCUUUGCUGGUGGAACAUGGGAUUGGGAGUAUUUGGGAUUUGCAUCCCCUGAGGAAUAUGCUGAAUUUCAGUAUCGGAGGAGGCACAGGCAGCGUCGACGUGGAGACAUGCACAGUCUGCUGAGUAAUACUCCAGAUCCCGAUGACCCCAGUGAGAGUACAUUAGACACUCAGGAAGGUGGCAGUAGUAGAAGACAUGGCACUUCCAUGGUGAGUUCAGCUUCUAUGGGUAUUCUGCACAGCUCUUCGCUUCAUGACUAUACCCCUGUCAGUCGCUCUGAAAACCAGGAUUCUCUGCAGGCCCUGAGUUCUUUGGAUGAAGAUGACCCAAACAUCCUGCUAGCUAUUCAGUUAUCAUUACAAGAAUCUGGCUUAGCCAUAGACGAAGAAACUAGAGACUUUCUGAAUAACGAGGCAUCUUUAGGAGCAAUAGGGACCUCUUUACCUACAAGACUGGACUCUGCUCCCAUAAGUAUAGAUAACCCAAGAGCCGCUUUGAGCAGCUCUGAGCUGUUAGAACUCGGUGACAGCCUGAUGAGACUAGGGGCAGGCAGCGAUCCCUUUUCAGCCGAUCGACUUCAUUCACACACCUGCAGUGAUACCAGAGGUGGAUUAUACUCAACAUCUAGUGAUGCUGAUUCCAGUAGUCAAGAUCCCAAUACCAAUGAAAAUCUUCUUGGAAAUAUUAUGGCCUGGUUUCAUGACAUGAAUCCACAGAGUAUUGCUCUGAUCCCUUCAACAAGUACAGAAGCGGAUGAGGAUUCACAGCAACCCAGUACUGAAGAUGGGUCAGCAGGGCAGGCAAAUGUUAGAGACACAGGGUUGGAGCUUCAGGAAGAGCACGCGCUGUUUGAGGAUGCACUCAAAAAUGAAGGCAGAGGAACGCAAACAGAGGAAGGCACUUCUGAAGAGAGCAUCAUUCCAGGUGAAACAGUUUCACAAGGUGGUGAUAAUAGCAGGGAAGUGACAGGCACCCUGGAUGCUUCAGGAGAUGCUUCAAAUCAGACUCCUCAAACCUCAAGUGAAUGGAUUGAACGUGUGCAUCUGGUAUGAACGAAAGCUAAAUCCGGAGUAAAUGAACGGCGGUGACAGAUGGUACAGUAUGUGGAGUAAGCGCUACGGAGGCUUUGAUCCACAUAAUUACAGCUCAGUUGUAACCACUGACGUAACAACGGAUAUUUAGAGGUUCUCUUGAAUUGUAGUUCUUUGUAAUAAUGUGAACCUUCCAAGGAAUAUCCUUUGCAUUUAAUUUGGUAGUACUUGCCUCUUUGCUCUCAAGAAAAUGGAAUAAGUAGGUUGUAUUCCACAUUCCUAAUACAAUGCAGCAUCUGUUUAGCCUUAGGUUGAUGAUCCUUAACUUUAGAGUUCGGAUUAAAGGCUUACACUGAUUAUUUUGGUUGUUUUUCCUAAGAAAUAGUUUAUUCUUUUUUUUUUUUUUUUUUUUAACUCAUUCUUUCCCCAAAAUAACACUUCGCAAUUUAUUUGGGGUUUUUGUUCUGUUUUCCAUAACCUUUCCUUACUCGUUUGUCCUUUUUGUUAGCAGUGUGAACUGAGGUAUUUAAUGCUUCUCUUUAGUACUGCUCCAGGAACACGUUUUAGGGGAUAUUCCUUCACAUUAAAAUCAAAGAUUUUUUCAUGUCUAUUUACAGUCCAAACGUGCCAAACUGUGAAUAGUUAGCUGGCAGUAGCCUGAUCAAACAGCGCGGUGUUACUCUAUCAAACUAAUCCCACAAUUCUUAGCAGUGAAAGAAACCACUGGGUAGCAUUGCUUCUCUAAAUUUAACUGGCAUGUGUUGCCAUGGUGACUGCAUUUAAUCAAAUGUAGCCUGUAUCUUAAGUUAAUAAAACCUAAUGCUGCUGUUAAACAGUUAUUUUAAAUAUUAAAAUACAGUCAAUUAGCAACAGCUAUGCUGUAUUUUAAGAGACACUUUAAUGGAAGUGCAAUCAUAGUUCUUUGUUUUCAUAAUUCUACAAAGCAUUCUAUGCACUAAUAGUGCAAUUACUUUUAACGAUAACAUUUUAUAAAAAUGUAGGAAUACAGGAUUUUCAUAUAUUAGCCAGUCCCACAGUUAAAGUUCAGACAACAGAUUCUGCUCAACAUGUUACGGUGCCUUUGCCAAACCCAACUGGAUAGUUGCCACAGUUAAACAAGUAAUUCAGUUUCAGUGUCUGUUCUGGAGUAACUAUGCUAUUAAUUGCAAAGACCUCCAUACAACCACCCAUGGCCUUGCCUUUACAGUAAAUAACUAAAUGUUUAAUCAGUGUUUUUGCAUAAACAAAACACUGCUAGGUAUUUGUUCAAUUGCACAAUAUUCAUUUGCUGUGUGAUUACUGUUUAGUGUUAAAAAAACACACACAAAAAAACCCUCCUCCUAGUUGUUGUACCGUGAAAAUAAAAAAAAUACUGGUUUUAGAUUUGCUUAAAAGCAUCAAUCUACAGUUAGUGAGAUACAAUGGUACAGUAUGUAAUUACAACUAGAGUAAGUUGUUGAAAUGGCUGUUUUAAUUACAUAUAAUCAAACCUUUUCAUAACACAGGCAAAUUACAUACACUCCAUUUUAAGUUUUGCUUAACUGUUACCAGAAAUUUCUUGAUAUGAUAUAAAAGUUUAUUACUACUGAGUGUGUAUAGGCAAGUGUCAUGAUAGCAAAGUUUAUGUAUUGAUUACUGUGAGUUCAAGUGAGUGUUUUGAAUUCAUGCAAAUCCUGCUUUUGAACCUUGCAGUCACAAGGUUCGUAUUAGUAAAAAAGGAAGUAAGAAUAUUUUACCCUUACCCCUUAAGAACCUAGAUCAUUUUGCAAGCAUCUUUAGAGAGAACGGAAUAGAAUAGUCUCAACUCAUUGACCAGCUUUUCCUCUAGCUGUCCCUUUCCUGACAUAAUCAUGAACUUUUGGACAUCUUUGCAAAAUACCUAUUUAAAAUUGUCCUACGGUAUAAAAUCCUUCAAGGAAAGCAGUUCCUUGUGAACUGUCAACGUGAAUUGGUCUGAAAGUUUUUUAGCUCACGUAGCUUCCUUGAAUUUCUGGAUAGGGAGAUUCUCACAAAGAUUGUGUGUAUUGCAUUGAGAUGUCUUGCAAAGCUACAGUAAGAUACGUAAGAGUGCUCUCUGUGAAGAUAGUGAAGUUUGUGGGUUCUGGUUUUUUGUAAUUUGGUUAGGUUGUGCAGUAUAUUCAUUGUUUCCGUGUUACUCUUACGAGCAUGAAAUUAGCCUAUUAAAUUUGUAUUUUCUUGGUACUUAUUUUAACACCAUAGUCAUUGACUUUACAAUUCAAAAAUAAAGUUUGGCAAGACUAUUUUGUAAACCUGUUAAUUUUAUAAUGUAAAAAAUUACUCUAACCUUGAAUUGUUAUUUGCACUUUCAUAGUCUAUACUUGAUACAUUCCCACUUUAUAUACAAGUAGGAUACUACAACCAUGUAGAUGUUUGGCCAAAUGAAUGCUGUUAAUAAUAUGUAAAAUUCUUUGAUUAAACAUUUAUUACUUAAACUAA